UUCUCCCCCUUCACCUUCACUCCCUGUGCGCGCGGGCGCGGCGUUACUGGCCGGCUCCCGACUUGCCAAACCACCAGAGUGCCAGACGCGCGCCGCCGACCCUUCUCCGUCCUCUACUCCGGCCUCCAGGCUCGCCGCCGCCGUGCCUAGCUCAUCGAUCGGUCACUGCACCUUGCAAGUUCCCAGACCCAGCCGUGAUUCCCCUUCUCCGCCUUUAUCCCCAUGGCUGCUUGGUAAAUUAAUCCCGUCCGCCCGUACGCAUCUUCUCCUCUAGUAGCGUUUCGAGGUGGCGGGUGGAGAAAUCAGAGGAGAUCGAGGGAAGCCGUCAUCGCGCAGCCUCCGCUAAGGACAUGGAAGCGGAGGAGGUUCAGGGGCAGCCUGGGAGGAGGCCGCGCAGGGUGGCCCGGCGGCGGUCCGGCGUGUACGAGCACUUCACCCGUUUCAGCGACGGCGACGGGAACGACAAGGCGCGGUGCAAGCGCUGCCAGCUGGUGCUCGGCGCGAGCACCAGGAACGGCACCAGCACCCUGUGGGCGCACGUCAGGAUUUGCUGGGGAGGCGAAGCCGCUGAUGCUGCGCGGCGGGCACCACGGCCGCCGGUACCCGCCGGCGCUUCCCCGUCACGCUCCCGUGGUGGAUCAUCCCAGGGUCGUCGGGAGACUGAUGAUGGCCUCGAAGACAAAAGUGCAAGCAGCAGUGCAGACCUUGCUCGGAUGAUCGCGCUUCACGGAUACGAUCCAUCCGUCGUGGAGGACGACUACUUCAGGAGCUUCGUGCGGAGCCUGGACCCUGAAUUUGAGGUGCCCUCGCGCGUCGCCAUUGAGGAGAUGUGCGAUGGGAUCUUUGACGAAGCAAGGAGGGAUUCCUUCUCCAAGCUAAGGCGCGCUCCUGGGCGGGUCGGCUUGGCAGUGGGCAAAGCUGAAACACCCGAGGCAGGGGAAGCCAUUUAUAUAGCAUGCCACUUCAUCGAUGAUCAGUGGAAUCUUCAUAAAUUCGUCCUGGAUGCUUUCGUGGAAGACGCACACCAUGAUGUUAUUGUCGGGGAUGUUCCAAUAUUGGGAGUCGGUGUGUUUCUUGCUCUUGCUGAUGUCACUGAUCUUAUUUCAGGGCAUGAAGAUAGGCUGUCCAUGUUGGCAUAUGAUAUUACUGACUGCGAUUUUCACCCUGCACUCAAGAACUACAUCGAUGACAUGAACUCUGAUGCCAAUCUAGGUUAUACCGCUACGACCUACGUGGACACCGUGCUUCACUUCGUUGCUCGAUGCAUUCUUCCACCUCCAAGCGUCACUAUCGGCAUUUUCCAGGACAUGAAGAAUUUAAAUUUAACCAGACAAGAGCACCAUCAACUUCUUUCGGAGCUUGACCUCGACUUAGAAUGGGCAUUCGACAAAAGGUGGUGUGCAUGCUACUCUUCUUUGCAGGUUCUAAGCAAGCGAGGACUUGUAGAAGCAGAUUUACGUGUACAGCUAUCGUGCAAGGUCUGGGAGCAAGUAUACCGCGGCAUUCAGACAAUUUCUACCUCCACCUUUCCCACUUCGAAUCUCUGUCUUGCAGAGUUGAUUAAGCUGAGGGAACUUUUGCAUUCUGAACUAGCACGGUUCAGUGGAGAUGAUGCAGACGUUCAAGACCGACACGAUUAUUUACAUUUUAACAGGAAGGCCAUAGAUGUUCUUAGAGGGGCAAGUGGCACUUUGGACAAGGCUGUACAAGAUUCAUACCUGGUUUGGUCAGUACCACUUACACUGGACCCCCGGUACAAACUCAGAUCAUUCGGAUGGUGCCAAUGAGACGGUGGCCACCACUAGCGUUCACCCAUUGGAGCAAGCAUGGAACGAACGAAGACGUUCACAACAUGACAUGGCUGUUCAAGUUAACAGUUGUUACCCAGAAACCCAGACAGAACUCGAUCG